AUGAUUAUGCUAACAUUAUCAAUCUCAGCAAUUCUCGCAUAUUUUUGUAUGUUUUAUGAAACGAUGUUGAGCACGCCGUUAUCUUACAUGACGUUUCUACUCUACUUUCGAUCAUCCGAAUGUGAAAGUUCAAUUUCAUGGACCAACUUAGGUGUUCCCAACAUACAACAGCAACCAAAUAUGCCUGAAGAGACAUCGGCAGUAUUCAGAACAUUUAUCUUUGCAAUUUCUUAUGUGACAUUAAAUGGCUUGCUUCUCAUCACUUCAAUCAUGCUUUUAAUGUCUAUUAAGCAACAAAGUCUCAGCAGAUCUUCUCUUUUUGGGAUUCUUGUGAUGCCAUUUGUCGUUGUAAGCUUCUUAACUCUUGUUCUUGAUUUUACUGCACUUUCAUUCUACUCCUUUGAUAUUUAUCAGCAUUCAACGCCACAAGGAUUAAUGGAGACAUUGGAAAUUAGAAAUCCUAAUUUAUUUCUUAUUCAAUUCCAAGCAAUCACUAGAAAUGUUCGAAUUUACCCAGCAAUUAUUCUUUUAUCAGCAACAUCAAAACUCAUUCUCUUUCUCAUCUUGAGCAUUUUAUCAUUCUUCGGUGGAUUACUUGGAGGUCGAAAAAUGUCAAGAUCAGCAAAGCAUCGAAUCAUAAUCAUAAACGAUUCCAAUGUCGUUACACGAGAUAAUCGAAAUCCAAAUCGAGGAAGUCAAACUCAAUCACAAAUUUUUGAAAUGAUGGGCAACAGAAGGAAUUCAAUUCGAAAUUAA